AUGGGUGAAAACGACGACGAGUUACUCUCAGCCUGUAAAAUUUUUGCCACAUGGGGCCUCUUCGCCGGCGCUAUUUGUCUCCUGUUUGCUCCGAUAUCUAUAGCCAAUUGGGGCACCGCACUGGCUAUUCUUUUUUCCUGGUGGCUCAUUCCAAGAAUGUGCUCGGCACUUGCACUGAGAGCCACUACUCCGAAACUGAAACUUUGGAGUUUCAUAUUUGCAUGUGUUGGUUUAACAGUCACUGGGUUCACUCCUCGUAUUGCAGUUUUUAUCUGGGAAAUACCUCCGCAGAUGCUCUGGUACCUCACUAUAGUAUACCCACUUGCCUUGCUUGGCGGCUUGGAUCAUAUAAUCGAGUCAUCCAACUACAAUAUCAAAUUUGUUGAUGUUGAUAACUAUUUUUUCAAUAUAUUUUUAAUUUGCAACCUGAUCCCGCUGCCGUUUCUGAUCAGAUACGGAAUUUCUAAUUGGAAUUUUUACGACGCGACGGUCAACACUUUUAUUCAAUUAUGUUUUACACCAUUAAGCCUGGUUGGAACGGCAGCGGUGGGUAUGUUGUUGAUAGGCAACUGGGAACAGGUGAAUUCUAGUGGAGACCGUAACCCGGCACCUACAGUAGUCCAACCAACUCCUGCACGUCAAAGACAACCACCUAGACCGAUUCCGAAAUUCAAAUGCGAUGACUGCACAUCGGAGUAUACUGACAUCCUGAUCCCACGAGUUUUGAAGGAAUGUGGGCAUACGAUUUGUGAGGAUUGUGCGGAUGAAUUGCUCGCGGUGAACAAUCAACGACAUCUACGCUGUCCAGUUUGUAACAGAAUUACACUGGUUUAUGGAACCGGAAAGAUGUUACCAAGAAAUUAUGUGAUCACGGAUUUGAUGGCUAUGGAAAACUAA